UUCUUUGUACCUCAAGUCUGUGACAGCAAAGUUCCAAAACUGUCUUCGAGGAGCUGCCCAAACAAUCUCAGUUUCCAACAUACCAAUGGUUCCUGCGUGUUUACCAUCAGGAGGUUUUGUCUCGAGCAGAAGAGGUCAAGGCGGCUUUAACAUCCAUCUUUGGUCGAAUUUUAAAGAUGGAUUCUACUAAGAAGGUAACCAAGAAGUUGGCAGGUGAAGCUGCUCGGACGGCAGCAUGGUCGACUAACGUUGGCAAUGAACAUGGCCAGGUGCUAAUGAUCGUUAUGACAUCAAUUGAAGGGUGUGGGUUAGGCGACAUGGUGAAAGGCCUUGUAAAACGCUAGUCCGAGGCUGAUGUCCUACCACCAAUCCUGCUGUAAACAGACUGCGACUGUUGCGGGAAGUCAGCACUGAUGGACAUUUUCAGGACAGCUUGGUCUGACCUUGUGGUGCGAUUAGACGUGUGGCACUUCAUGCGGCGUCUUGCUGUUGGGGUCACAACGGACACCCACAGACUGUACGCGGCAUUUAUGGGUCAGCUUUCAGCAGCCAUCUUUUGUUGGGACAAGUCUGACCUGAAUCUUCUCAAAGAAGCUAAAAGGCAGCAGCUUAUACAAGCCAACAUCACGGACCCGUCUGACUCAGAUGUCUCUGUCCGUUUAGACCGUAAGGAGUUGUCCCUGCACUGUCGUCGGAUGACUCGAAGCACAGAGGUCAUCAGGGAGCGUAUCCAGGCUGUCUUGGAGUUGUUCGGUGGUAACUCAGGAAGGGAUACCAUGGGUGUACCACUGUUUCAUGAGCGUAUCUGGGAGCUCUAGAAACAGCAGCAGAACCAUGUAGAGUGCCUCCAGGACCCUAAAGGUGUACAGCUCUACACUCAAACGGGCACGCUGAAGAAGGGUGGCGUGGUGUUGCCUGUGUAUCGCUGUGCACGAGGAUCUACCUCCUUGGAGUCCUUCCAUCUCCACCUACAGCGAUUCAUUCCUGGAACCAGUGCAAGCGCCAGCAACUUCCAGACUGGAGGGCCUGAUGCGCUGGAACUUAGACUGGCAGAUUACUGUAUUGUAUGACUCCAGAUUGAAGACAGCAGCCAACAGACUAAGUCAGGAGCUUUUUAACAAGGAUCUCUUCCCGACAUUCCAGCCGCCAAACAAAUACACUGGAGAGCUGAUAGGUAUCGAAUAUCUAUACAACAAAACGGGUGCUAAAAACCCUGUAAGUGCGGUGGAGCCUGAUGACAGCCUAUUGGAUGAGGGCUUUGAGGACUCCGCGGCCAUGGAUGAUAAUGAUCCAACCAUCCACAUAGUGGAUUCCUUUCUGCCUGCUUUUAGUCGUGAGAGGGCUCAUCAGAUCAUGCAGCAGAACAGGCCGUCUCAAUCAGAGAUGUCAGCGAUGGAUGUGUAUGGCCAGCAGAUGUACAACGUUCCCGCUAAGCUCAAAGCCAAACCUACCACAACGAGUGUCUCUUUAGAAACAACAACAGCAGCUUCUAUGACAAAAGCAACAGCAGCUUCUGUUACAACAGCUGCAGCAAGUACUUCAUCAUUAUCUGCCGUAACUACCGCUACAUCAGCGUCGGCUAUUGCUGGCAGUUCCCAACGUGUUGAGGAUGAAGCUGAGGACUCUAUUGGACCAAACAGAGUUGCAGGUUAUGGUCAUGUGAUGGACCUGGCUGAGUAUUUGUUUCAUUUAAAAGACAAGGAAAGUAAGGCCAUCGCCAACGCAGAAGCUGACCACAUCGUUAAACUGUGGUCUAAGAUGUCCCUUUACGACCAGUCGCCGUCAAAAUAUAAGGACCGACAUCAGACCCAGCUGAUCAAGGGACGCUUCAAGGCACCAAAGACAUCCCGGAUACAGCUGGUUCCUGGAGUCCAGAGUGUCAGAAGAUGUGCUUUGGCUACACACCUUGGUCCAGCCACCUGGCCUGACUGUAACAGGUAUCAGGAAGCCUUGCUGGUCAAGUUGUGCGCAGCCUUUCCGGGAUCCACCACCAAAGAUGGCGUUCAACAGGCGCGGUCGCGGACAGUACUGGAGAAGUACAACCUAAUAAGAGAGAUGGUAUUCAACAGUCAGCACGUGAUACAGAAUACACGCAUUCAGCUGUCUGAUAUAAACCAGCGCACCUUGACUGCUUGGUUCAGUGAUCGUGGAAAGCGCAGAGAAAGAACCUUGCUGGAGCAGGGACUUGCCCUUCAGUAAGUUCCACUGGUAGCGCCUGAAUCACUGCCAGCGCCCCUUAAAAGGCCAGUUUCCUUGGAAAUGGGAACCACUGAACCACACAAGUUCCCCAUUUAGAUCAGCACGAAAGGCUCUCUCAUUCAUCAAGUGCGCAGAAGAAUCCUGCCACCAGAUGAGGUAAAGCAUGAAGUGCCGGUGCCCAUAGCACCAGCACCAUUGGUGCGUUUUGUGACUGCUCCCGCUCCUGACCUGGCACUGACUUCGUCGAUUUCAGCCCCAGCCGAAUCUUACCUGCCAUACUCUACAAAGCAUUACAGGAAGAGGAAGCUGGAGGCUGAGCAGGCAGGGGAGUUCCGGAGACAGUACCACAAGAAACUGCCCUACCGCAGCUGCAACAAAUGUUUUGAGGACAGGAAUACGG